AUGAACUUUUUCAGAGUUAUAGGAAACCACACCAUGAACACUGAAUUCAUCUUGCUAGGAUUUAAAGGAAAGCCUGAGCUUCAAACUGUUCUCUUUGUUCUCUUCUUGAUAAUGUACAUCAUCACAAUGAUCGGUAACGUUGGCAUGAUUCUUAUAAUUAGUGCAGACUCCAAACUCCAUACCCCUAUGUAUUUCUUCCUGAAGAACCUGUCUUUCUUGGAUAUUUGCUAUUCUUCUGUCAUCACUCCCAAAGCUAUGCUGAGCUUUGCAACUGGGAACAAGACCAUUUCCUAUAAUGGGUGUGCAGCCCAAAUGUUCUUCUUCUCUCUUUUUGGGACCACUGAGGCUUUCUUUCUUGCUGUGAUGGCAUAUGAUCGAUUCAUUGCUGUCUGCAAUCCGCUGCUAUACCACGUCAUUAUGUCCAAGAAGACCUGUUAUCUCCUGGUAGCUGUAUCAUAUUUCUUUGGUUUCCUGAAUUGCUGCACCCAGACUGGCUUUACAUUCACUUUGUUGUUUUAUGGAUCUACUGAAAUAAACCACUUCUUUUGUGAUGUCCCAGCUGUCAUGAAGGCUUCCUGCUCAGCUACUUUCCUGAAUGAAAUCGUGCUUCUAGUGGUGUGUGGGUCAAUCAUUGUGACCACAGCUGUAAUUGUCCUUAUAUCUUAUGGUUACAUUGUUGCCACUAUCUUACGCAUACCUUCAGGCAAAGGAAGACACAAAGCCUUUUCAACCUGUACGUCCCAUCUGAUGGCAGUAAGCUUGUUCUUUGGGACAGUCUUUUUUAUGUAUGCCCAACCUGGAGCCCUGUCCUCUCCUAAUCGGGGGAAAGUAGUGUCUGUCUUUUACACAGUUGUCAUCCCAAUGUUAAAUCCUAUAAUCUACAGCCUAAGGAACGUGGAGGUGAAAGAGGCUGUAAUCAGACAAUUCAGAAAGAAAGUCUUUUCCUAUUGA